AAAGAGUUUGUCACUGUUUUCGAGAGUUAAUUCAAGGGUAAUUGAUCAGACGGACGUAUCAUUGCGAUGUGGGACGUUAAAGAUAAAACGUUUGUUAUUACGGGAGGUGCUUCCGGACUUGGUGCGGACUAUGCGAAGGCUUGUUUGGAACAUGGAGCUAAGAAUGUAGCCAUCCUAGAUAUAGCUGAAAACCUAGGUAAUGCAACAGCUGAACAACUGAACAAUACUUUUGACAAUAAAGUGAUAUUCGUGAAAUGUGACGUGAGCAAGGAGGAGGACAUCGUGAGUGCGUGGGACUCCGUGCUGGCUCAGUUCAAGCAGAUUGACGUCAUCGUCAACAAUGCUGGCAUCAUGGUGGAUGCUCCUAGCGUGUGGAGAACUGCUACUACUGUUAAUUGGCAAGGGUUGGUCUCCUUCACAUUAAAAGGCGUCAGUCACAUGAGGAAGGACGAGGGUGGAGCUGGUGGGACUAUUUUAAACGUCGCUUCCAUUUUGGGUCUAACGAAACUGGCGUAUUUGCCAAUCUACUGCGGUGCUAAAAUGGCGGUUGUGCACUUCAGUCAAUGUUUAGCGAUGGAUCCAUUCUACGACAAUACUGGUGUGAGAGUAAUGACAAUGUGUUUAGGAUCCACCGACACACCGUUGGCGCAUAAUUUAGAAACCAAGGCUUGGGACCCGAAACUUGGAAACGAAAUGGUUGUCAAAAUUACAAACCAGUUUAUAUGUCAAAAAAGGGAAUCAGCAGUCGAUGCCUUCAUUAAAAUGUUAACAGAUGGUACUCCAGGCUCUACUUGGCUAUCUCUUGACGACAAACCGGCUCGAGACAUCACAUCUGCCAUUGAUAACGCAUUCAUACAAUUUGAGAAAGUUAUGUCGGAAUAAAUAAGCUGUUAUUGUUGUUA